CUCUUGAAGAGUAGUAGACGUAUGUAGGUUCUCUACUUUCAUCAAGACAUUUUGAUCACGAUGACAUCUCUGAAGUUUGCUUUAUAUCUGACUUGUCUUUGCUUGUGGAGAAAAGCUCAGACUACUACUCCUGAAUUGUCCGUGUCUGUGCGUCAAGAGAGUGGCUUUAUAUCAGUUAAUGUUGGCAAGAGUGUGACAUUACGAUGUUUCUAUGAAAGCGACAUGUCAGCAAUGUAUUUCUGGUACAAGCAACCUCUGGGACAGAAACCAACGCUCAUCUCUAGUUUCUAUAAGCAUGAUAAAAACGGCACAUUUCAUGAUGAAUUAAAAAACGAUCCACGCUUCACACUGGAAGCUAAAAACGGUAAGAAUCACUUGACAAUCUCGGAGUUGCGCAUUACAGACUCGGCUACUUAUUACUGCAUAAGUUGCUACACUUACAAGUUUGUCUUUGCCGAGGGUACCACCGUCAGUGUAAAAGGUUCAGGUUUGAACAUCCCAGCUUUGGUCCUUCAGUCAGCAGCUGAGACCAUCCAGACAGGAGACUCUGUGACUCUGAACUGUACAGUACACACUGGCAGCUGUGAUGGAGAACACAGUGUUUACUGGUUCAAAAACUCUGAAGAAUCUCAUCCAGGACUCAUUUACACCCAUGGAGGCAGGAAUGAUCAGUGUGAGAGGAAACCCAACGAACAAACACACACCUGUUUCUACAACCUGCCAAUGAAGAGCCUGACUCUUUCUCAUGCUGGGACCUACUACUGUGCUGUUGCCUCAUGCGGACACAUACUGUUUGGAAACGGAACCAAGCUGGACUUUGAAGAUGAGGUGAACUUUCCCGACUCUCUUGUGUAUUUCUUGAGUGGAGCUUUGGCACUCACCACCAUCCUGAUCGUUUUACUGACGAUCACAGUGUUCAAGAUGAUCAAGACAAAUAGCUGCGGUUCAGAAUCUCAAAGAGUUCCAGCUUCCAACACAACACAUGCAGAGAAUUACCAAGAUGCAGACAGCCUCCAUUAUGCUGCUUUAAGGUAUCACAGGGUCGACAGAUCACGAAGCAAAAGAGACACCAACAGUGAAUGUGUGUACUCCGCUGUAAGACUGUAAAACUGCUUUCAUUUAUACUUUGUACCAAGAUGCCAUUUUGUUCCUCCUCAC